AGGGAAGGAUAGUGUUAAGUGUGUUUGGAUGGAAGGAAUAGAAGAGAAAAGAAAGGAUUGGGAAAGAUUUGGAGGGAUAGGCUAUCCCUCCAAAUCCCUCCACAACAGUAAAAUCAAAUCCCCUCAAAAUUGAGAAGAUUUGAGGGGAAAGGAAGAGAAAGCAAACAAAAGACAAAAUUAGCCUUCCAAAUUCUAUAUUAGGGCGCAGCAGCUUCUCCAUCUCUUCUCUCGCGUCUCCAUCUCCUCUUCUCUCGCGUCUCCGGCUUCGGCUCUUUAACACGGCUCAAAGAAGAAACGCUAACCCUAGGUCUGGAAUCCUCAAUUGGAGACGCGAAGGUGUGUUAGGCGAUUUGCAGACUGCCGUUGCUGCUAGAAUCAAUAUACGAAUUGAUCUUGUGAAGAGCAGCUCGCCACUUUUAGAUCUCAGUUGGAAGACUUCUCUUUUGCAAAUAUAAGAUAUAAGAAUGAGUAAUCAAUUAAACAUAAGUGGUGGGUCGAAGAGAGAUAGAUGUGUUUGGACUGCACAGAUGGAUGAUAUUUUUGUAGAUGCAUUGCACAAUCAAUUUGUGAAGGGGAAUAUGAUUGAUGGUACAUUUACAACAAAAGCUUACAGUGAGAUUGUUGAUGAAUUGAAAGAAAGAUUAGGUAUCGAUAUCAACAAAGAUAAAGUGAAGAAUCGAUUGAAAACAAUAAAGAAAACAUUUAACGAGUGUUUUGACUUAUUCAAAACUGGUUUGAGUGGGUUUGCUUGGAGUGAAGCAACAAAAAUGUGGUAUGCUGAACCUGAAGUUUGGGCUUCAUUAAUUGAGUCAAAUCCAGCAGCGGAGAAAUGGAAAACUACUCCAAUUUGCAACUAUGAUAAGUUGCUGGAUUUAUUUGGCAAGGAUAGGGCAACUGGGUCUAAUGCAGCCACUGCUAAGGAGAGGAUUAAUGAUUGGGCAACAAAAGGAAAAGAGAAGAGUAAUGAAAGGGAGUCAAGUCAUAAUGAUGAUCUAAUGGAGAGCAUUGAUGCUAUUGAUCACAUGGUGUCACGGAAUGAAGUAAGUUUGGAUAAUACAUUUUUUAUGGAUCAUGAGUUUGAGAAUAUGAAUAUGAUGUCUCCUGAAACACCUUCAAGUGCACCUUCCCAUUCCACUUCUUCAAAAGGAAAGAGAAAAAGGAAUUAUUCGACUGUUGAUGGAGAUAAUGAAAUAAUUGAAAUAGUGAGAGGUGUGGCUGCUUCUCUAAAAGAGGGAAAUGAUAUUCACAAAACAUUCAACCAUAUUUAUGAGAAGUGCAACCAAAAGGGAAAAUAUGAAGAAGAACUCUUUAAGAUUUUGGCGGAAAUUGGAUUAGAGGGGCAUGCAGCUGUUAAGGCCUUUAUUUUUCUGACUAAGCGUGACCAUCCUGAGAGAAUGACACAAUUUAUUGGUUGCCCACCUGUGCUUCGCAAGAUACUCCUGGAGGAACUGAUGUCCAAUGAUUCUUGACGUUGAUAAUGGUUUCGGUUAUACUAACUUUUGACAAUGUCUUUUAAGUUGGUAAUAUUUUGGAACAAUUAGUAGAACUUGGUAUUAUGUCUAAGUUUAAUUAUGUAUUUUUUUGUAUGUAUUUUAUUUUAUUUUAUUUUUUUUGUUAUGGAGCUUUUGGUAUAUAAGCUCUAUAGAACUUCGUAUGGUGUGUUGAAGAUGGCAUAUGUUUUUUUUUAAGGUCUUGAUGAAUUCCUGAGUAGGCGUGUGAAUGUAGAAACAAAAAACUAUAAUGGAUUAAAGUCUGUGUACUAUGUUAUACUAGGCGUGUGAAUGUAGCUUGGAUGUGAAUUGAGGCUAUAUUGUGUUCAAUUGAGAAGUGAUUUGUUGUGUCGUUUUGUUAUAAUUUUACUUUUUGUGAAUUGAGCCUAUUCUGUCUUCAAUUGAGAAGUGUUUGAGAAGUGAUUUUUUACUU